AUUCCGACAGAUGAAAUCAUUGAUAACGAAUCUGAUCUUUCAGAGUGUGAAUCAAAUUUUCAACAACAAUCCAGAAUUAACAUGGAUCUUAAUAACAAAAUCUCAGAAAUGGAACAAGUAUUGAAGGAUAAAAAUAAUGAAAUAGCAGAAUUAAAAAAAAAAAAUUAA